AUGUUUAGAUCAGUUUGCCGCAUUUCUUCUCGCAUCGCACCUUCUGCGUAUCGUACUAUGAUGGGCCGCCCCGUUAUUGCUAACACCAUACUCGCACAAAGGUUCUACUCUGCCAAUUUGAGCAAAGAUCAGGUUUCUCAGAGGGUUAUUGAUGUCAUUAAGGCCUUUGACAAGAACUCUCCCACCAUUGCCAAUAAGCAGAUCUCUAGCGAUACUCAAUUUCACAAAGACUUGGGGUUAGACUCCUUAGACACUGUCGAGCUGCUCGUAGCCAUUGAAGAAGAAUUUGACAUCGAAAUCCCAGAUAAAGUGGCUGAUGAUUUGAGAAGCGUUGGUGAAACUGUCGAUUAUAUUGCUUCCAACCCUGACGCAAAUUAA